AUGCAUUCAGGGUUUGUCUCCGUCAAAGUCUUCGGUCACCUUCCGUACAAAGGUCAACAUCCUGACACGAUGACGAUAGGAGCCGUUGGGCCUUGGCUUUUCUACUUUGCUCCGAAGCGCAUAUGGAUCCUUGCCUAUGAACGAGGUGUUGGCCCAUUCUCAUACAUGACGUCAACUAUAGAUGGCUUCGCUGGCAACUUCGGAGCAUCAGAUACUGUAAUUCUGAGCAACUCGGCAGUUAAUCUAUUUGAAGCCAUUCAGAAUCAGUAUCUGAUGAUUUAUUUCCGCUCAUUCACGGCGACUAGUCUGGACGGCUCGUGGACAGCACAGGUUACGAGCAAGGCAGCGCCCUUCGCUGGCAAGGCCAACGGCGGCGGUGCCACUUGGACAAAUGAUAUUAGUAGUGGUGAUCUUAUAGGGAGCAGUGCUGACCACAUGAUGUCUAUCGAUCCGUGCAACAUGCUGUUCCUCCACCAGGCCCGAGCUACUAACUCCACCAGAGACUAUAACCCUCUGCCUUCUCGACCUGGUCCUUUUACAUUGCUUUAA